CCGACACCAUGUUGAUCAGGACACGUUUUCUUGAAGCCAGCAACGGGAGCCAUGGCGCGUUUGGGCGCUCUGCCAUGUCAACUGGUCUUGCCGCAAGAUGCUGCAGAGUUGAAUCAACCCAAGGCUAGUGAUAUAUUAGAGCCCUUGGAGGAUGGUGCGAACAUGGAGGAUGAUAGAACAUGUUGCAUAUGUUUGGACACCAGUGCAUGCAGCAAAUUGCCGUGUGGCCACCAGUAUCACGUUGCUUGCUUGGAAAGCUGGUUCGAACAGAGGCCCUCAUGUCCAACGUGUGGGCACUUCUAUGGGGAUCGCAUGGGCUCCAUGCUGGAUGGGACGAUGUCUUGGAGCUCCAGCAAGUUUCGAUUAGCUGGCCACAGCUGUCCCACGCUUGUCUUGCAUUUUUCAUUUUCCAGUGGAUCUCAAGGUGGCCAGGACUAUGAUGGGCGCUCCCAGCAUGCCUAUUUACCAGACAACGAGGAGGGGAAGAAGCUCCUGGCCAUGUUUCAGCUCGCCUUCCGGCGGCGAGUGCUCUUCAGCCUGAGUCCCUCUCUCACCACCCAACGCCUUCAUCCCACCUUCGCCAUUCAUCUGAAGACCUCGAUGACGGGUGGACCAGCCAGGCAUGGCUACCCAGAUGAGCAAUACUUCAACUCUGCCAUGGAAGAGCUUCGGAACGCUGGGAUUUCCCUGGAGGCUGCCACUCCCGUGGCCAUCGGCCUCAACGCUUCACUGGCCAGUCGCAUCAGACAGAAGUGUGGUUUUGUCUUAAGCCAAAUCGAAUCAAAGCUGCUGAUGGCCUCCCUCAUCAUUCUCUGGAUCACACCUCAGGGACGUGCGACCUUCUUUCCCUGCUUUUCGAUCCUGAUCGUCUUGGGCCUUCCGCCGAAGCCUGGAGUGGCCUGGUCCGCGGUCUUGUUCUUCACCUAUUUUGGGACGACGACUCCAAGGGCUGAUGAUGAGGCACGACUCCAGUCAUGCGGCGAUUUGGUGAUUUCAUGUGAUUUCAGUCGAACCCCCAAACUGAAGAAUUCCUGCUCAAGAUGGCAAGAAAAUAUCAGAAAUGCAGGAAACAAAAUACGGCCCUCACGCUUUGAGAUGAGGCUGCCAAGAGCCUUUGGAACAUCCAACAUCUGACUUGACGUUUCAAAGUGCAAGCUGUCUAUACCAAGGAGCAGCAGGCAGAGUUUAGCUUUGUCAUGAUGAGCAUCAUUCUCAUCUCCUGGCUCUUCGCGCUGCUCAAGGUCCUCCUGACACCUCGCUGCAGCUGCUUCAACCGGAUCCAGCGCAAGACCCGUGCCGCGAUCCAGGUGCCACAUGUGAAGACUCUUUUGACCAUCCUUGUGUUGCUGCUGGCGUCGGGCUAUGAGACCAGAGCUGGGCGUAUAGCGCUGGCCCUUUGCUCCAUCCAUUUGCUUCUGAUUUGCAUUUGCAUCCCAUGCCCCAGUUUCAGGAGCUCCAUCAGCUCCUUUGGAGAACCGUUGGAGAACGAGAUGGAAGAGGUACUCCGUCAGGUGGGGGCAAACCCGGAGCAUGGCCUCAACAGCUGCAACGUCUUUGUGGAUGCGAGCCAACGGGUUUUUGAUGAGAUGAAGGAAGAGCACUGGGCGCUCUAUGCCUCAACGCCCUCCUUGCAAGGGCGUGCAGAUAUGAAGGCCAUCCUACAGGACUUCCUCCGAUCGGUGGAGAGACCCUUGCGCUGCAGAGCCAGUGGUGUGAUCCAUGAAAUGCUGGAGAACGAGAAGCGCUGGGCCAGUGAAGGCUAUGUGGUCUUCUACCAUCUCUAUGCACUCUCCAGUGUCCUGUACGAGCUUCAAACUGCUUUGGCGAACGAACUCUUGGACUAUCCAUUGGCUGGGCCACCAGUGAUGCGGCUCUCACGCAGAGCCUUUGGAGACAUCCGUUCGCUUUCACAGGUACUGUCCAUCCGUGAUCAUAACAUCAGCGAUCGCGCGCACGAGUACCGCGCGUUGGCGGUGUCGGCCUUCUCUUCAUGCUUCGCCAGUGGAGGAUACACUCGCAGCAUGCAGCGGUAUAUGAUGCAGGGCUUUCCGAGCGGCACCAGCAACUAUGUGAAGAAACUGAUUGAUGAUUUGCUCUCUGCCGUAGGCAUUGAUCAGCCUGAUGUGAUUCCCACCCUGCGGUCAAGAAUCCUGGCAGCUGGCAAAGCACAGGGCUUGGAGGCUUUGGGUCAGGUUUUGCAAAUCUUCCUCCACGACUCCGUGGUAGACGCCUUCGCCUAUGGCUCCCAGCCCUUGGGGGCUCUGGCACCUCGUGGACUGCCAGUGAGUGCUUGGCUCCGGCAGCAGUGCCCCAUCGAGGGCCAGGUCAGGCUGGUUCCUCAUCCCGACCUCUUCCUGGCGGGUGCGACACCCAGAGGUCCUUUGGUGCGGAUCUUUGACCAUUGUCCCUCAAGGGCCUUGCAGAAGGUGGCCCUCCGACGCGAGCUGCAGUCUUUGCUGCGGCCCUACCUGAACAUCGAGCGAGCGCGGCAGUUGUUGGGCUUCGAGUUGACCAGUGAUGUGGCGACGAACACGCUCGACGCUGUGGUGUGACAUCGCAGGAGGCCGUGACGGUACGUGCAGGGCGCACCGCGCAAAAAGGCGGGCGUUGGAUUGGGUGGGGUUUGAGGAUGGUGGCAGGUCAUUGCGUUUGGUCGAAGGAGACAUAGCUUGUGCGGCAGGUCAUUGGGUGCCAAUCACCCAUUCAUAGUAAUUAGAUAACCAAUUAGAUAACCCGAAGAACCUUUUUGGAACAUUUUUGGGGCACCCCGCUGACAGGCAGGAACAGGUGGAGUUCGUUCGGAUUCUUCUUCUUUUUUUUUCAGAGAAACAUGGAAAAACGGUUCCUGAAUCGGGAAGAGAUUGGACAGAUGAAUCGCUUUGUUUAGUGUGUUCGUGAUUUGGUGGUCAUCACCUGAUCCCACGUCUGAGAACCAGGUAGCUUCUGCAGGCCCCUGUGAAGGGGUCGCUUUCAAAUCCGGACAGUCUUGUACCAUAGCUUGGCAGGGAAGCAGAG